CGGAGCGAACAAAAGUGACAGUUGACAUCAAUGCCAGAAUUGACAUUUUGAAACGUCAAAUCGACGCACAGAUUAACGAGAAGCACAGAAUACCGAAAACGAUGGAAAACAAUAACGCUAACGUCGAGGACAACGAUUAUCAUGAUAUUUCUAAUCUACCGAUUACGCCUAUUAUGGAUGCAGACAAGAAAAGGGAAAAAAAUAAAGCCAAAACGAGAAUUUUAAAGACGACCAGUACAGCAACGGAGAAAACAUCUAAGGGCGAAGCUGCGACAAAACGUCAAGUUGACAGGUCAAGAAGCCGCAAGCGAAUCGGCAAGGGAAAAGUUAAGCAUUCGGUUCCACUGGACGUAUUUUACAGAAGACAAUUUGACGAAAGUACACUGAACACUCCAAUGGAAUGGAUGCAAUGUCAGGACUUGAUCACACCGUAUUACACUGGUCAAAAAACGAAAAUAAGUCCUCCGAAGAGGAUCCUUAUCAAAGAUCCUUUAGUUAUGAGAUUUAUACAACUGUUAAGUAUGAAUGCUAAAAAUCAAACGAAAGAAGAUGUUUACUCGAUAAUGUAUCAGAUUAGUAAUAUACAGCUGAGAUUCUUCCAAUGGGACAUCGCAGCCAUGAAGCUAUUGUUGAAUGUGAUUUUAAAAGAUAACAGACAUUCGUUUGCAAAUCUCAAGCACGGCCUGAAAUCGAUCUUCACAUCAUGGAGCUUGGAUCUUAGUAAUACAACGAACCUACUGAAGCAGACGAGGAUAUUUAGGCCGCCUUGUAUAUUUAAACCGGAUUAUGAGGCAUCGACAAAAUCGUCGAAGACCAUGCGUUUCACUAAAUCCGUCACACCGAAGAAAUAUUGUGAUUACGACACGGAGGACUGUUCUGAUUAAAAAAAGAUAAAUAAAUUGUUUUUAAUAAAAAUACAGGUGACAAACGAAAA